GUGCGUAGCAAAAGCAGCAGGUUAAAGCUUCAGGAUGAGAUAACAAGAUAAAUACAGACAGUAGCGUAUUUCAGCUGAAGAACAUGGAGGACGAACAGCCGUCGCAGCUCGGAGCAAACCCGGACUGGAUGUCCCGUUUACCGGAGGAGCUGCUGGACGUCCCGCUGUGGAACCUGGCUCUACCCGGGAGCCAUGACAGUAUGUCCUUCUGCCUGGACGUCUCCUCCCCGGUGGUCAGAUCGGAGUCCUGCCUCCUCAGACUCACCGACCGGCUCUUCCCCUGCUGCACCCGGCCAUGUGUUUACCGCUGGGCCACCACUCAGCAGUCGGUCCUCAGUCGUCAGUGCGAUCUUGGGAUUCGUUUCUUCGACCUGCGAAUCGCCAGGAAGCCGACGGGAGGCAGAAAACUGUUCUUCGCACACGGAAUCUACACGCUGAUUACUGUCAAGGAGGCGCUGGAUGAACUGUCCGUCUGGCUCGACGCUCAUCCCAAAGAGAUCGUCGUCAUCUCCUGCUCGCACUUCGAGUCUCUGACUGAUGAAGAUCACGCCGAUCUGGUGGAGUUCAUCGUCCGGCUGUUUGGAGGGAAGCUGUGCCCCUCGCAGGAGACUCCAACUCUGCGCUCCUGUUGGUCCAGAAGUCAGCAGGUUGUCGUUUCCUAUGACGACCAGCAGGUGGUGCUGCAGCAUCCGGAGCUGUGGGCUCAGAUACCGUACUGGUACGCCGACAGCUCAGACCCCGAGAAGGUGAUCGCUUAUCUGGAGGAGCAGAAGAGCAGAGGGAGGCCAGCCGGUUUCUACGUCUGCGGUCUGAAUCUGACCGAAGACGCCGCGUACAUCUUCCUCCACCCGCUGCAGGACAUGAGGAAGAUGACGGCCAAGGCGCUGUCGCUGCUGCUGCGUUGGACCGGCGAGCAGCGUCCUGGACCGGAGGGGGGCGGAGUCAACAUCGUGUGCUGCGACUUCGUGGGCGUCGACCGCUUCUGCUCGCUGGUCAUCGGCCUCAACUACAAACUUGCUGCUUCUCACGGGACGCCAGCAUCCUCCUCGGAUGCUGCUGGUGGUUACCGUAGCAACCAAACUGAUAUCUCACAUCCCACAUAGUCUGAGAAGCUUUUAGAGCUUCAGAAAGUGUCAAAUAAUUUUCAAUUUAAGUCUUAUUCUGUUUACAGAUGUCUUUAUUUCACAUCACCAGCCUAUUUCCUUCACAUCACAGCACGGUUUUACUCGUCUGUGUCUAUUAUUACUUAGUUUACAGAUUAUUUUUCAUACUUGCCUACGUUUGUGGCCGACAGAGCUGCCUUUAUGCGACACUUUUGCUUAAGUAUUUGCACAAAUAACCAACUUAGUCUCACAUAUUAUAAAGUACAUGCUGUUUAAAGCUUUUUUCUUUUCAUGUAUUUCACUUGUUUCGUGAUUCAAAAAGUGUUUCCUUGUUUGUUUGAUUUGCCUCCACAUGUGAUUUUCUUCUCAGGGAUCAUUACAGUAAACAGUAUUUCAUCUCUUAUCGUUCACGUUUCAGUAUUUACAAACGUUUCCUGUGAAAAUGUCAUAAAAGGGACUUAGAUCAUGGAAAUACGAUGCACAUUGUUUUUGUAACAUUUGUAUGUUUGGCUCUUUUUAAUUGUACAAAUUAAUUAAAAAAACGUUUUUUUACUUCAGUUA